AUGGCAGAUAACCUGAGGAGACUGGUCUCCAACGAAGCUUUACGAUCGUUGCAGGACAAGCUAGAGUCCUGGCUGAGGGAGUACAACGCCAACUCAUGUGAUCAAAAUCUAAAUCACUGCCUCGAACUCAUUGAACAAGUUGCCAAAGUGCAGGGACAACUCUUUGGGAUCCUCACUGUAGCAGCCCAAGAAGGAGGACAUUAUGAUGGUGUGGAAACAAUCAAAUCACGCCUUUUGCCUUGGCUGGAGGCCUCCUUUACAGCUGCUUCCCUGGGGAAACCUGUGGACAGCAAGGUCCCUUCUCUACAGGACACAUUCGAUAAGGACAGACAUAAGCAGUCUGGUACUCGGGACAUACAACAAUUAGAUGCUGAUUUGAGUGCAACUCGUAAUCAACUCAACCAGGUUCAAGACGAUAUGGCUGAGACUGAAAAGACUCUUGAAGAACCCAAGAACAGAUCUGCCAUAUCCCUUUUGGCUGCAGAGGAGGAAAUAAAUCAGCUAAAAAAGCAGCUUAAAUCUCUUCAAGCCCAGGAAGAAUCUCGCCACAGAAACUCAGAUCGUAGGAGAUCAGAGAAGCGGGGCUCCGAGCGUAGGAGAGUGGAGCUGCGGGGCUCAGAGCAGCGGGUCUCUGACCUGGACAGGCGAAGUGCAAACCAGCGGAACGCAGAAGCCGUGUGCGAUUAUGAGAAACAGCUCCGAACACUGAAGGAUGAGAUAGCUGUUCUGUCUGCUGAAAAAUCUGUACUCCAAGGAAGGUCCGCCAGGAGCCGAUCUCCUAGUCCUGCCCCUUGCAGCCGCAGCCACAGCCACAGCCGCAGCCACAGCCGCAGCCACAGCCGCAGCCACAGUCACAGCCGAAGCAGAUCCGCCAGCCCCUCCUCUGCCAAGGCUAGGACCCCGUCUCCGAAUCGCGCCAAACUGUCCAGCGUGGCGCGCAAAGCCGCCCUGCUGUCCCGGUUCAGCGAUGCUUAUUCCCAGGGCCGCCUGGAUGCGCAGUGCCUGCUGCGGCGCUGCAUCGACAAAGCCGAGGCGGUGCAGCGGAUCAUCUACAUCGCGACUGUGGAGGCGUUCCAUGUGGCCAAAAUGGCAUUCAGACACUUCAAGAUCCGUGUGAGGAAAUCACUGACACCAUCUUGUGCAGGGUCAAAUGACUUUGAGGAUGCUGUCUCGGAUUAUAUCAUCUGUCAUCUUGAUCUAUAUGAUUCCCAAAGCAGUGUUAAUGAUGUGAUCCGAGCCAUGAACGUCAAUCCCAAGAUUUCAUUCCCUCCUGAAGUUGACUUUUGCCUCCUCAGUAACUUCAUCCAGGAGAUAUGUUGCAUUGCCUUUGCAAUGCAGACUUUAGAACCACCCCUAGAUAUUGCAUUUGGGGCCGAUGGAGAAAUUUUUAAUGAUUGCAAGUACCGUCGAAGCUAUGACUCUGACUUCACGGCUCCCUUGGUCUUCUAUCAUGUGUGGCCUGCUCUCAUGGAGAAUGACUGUGUCAUCAUGAAAGGAGAAGCUGUCACCAGGAGAGGGGCUUUUUGGAAUUCAGUGCGAUCUGUAAGUCGAUGUCGAAGCAGGAGUUUAAGCCCCAUCUGCCCUCGUACCCAUAUUGGUUUAGGCAUGAUAUCUCGAAGCCGGAGUCCUUCUCCAAUAAGAUGUGGAUUGCCAAGACUGUUUCAGACCAACACGGACAAUCGGAUGGAAGCGCCACCUGAUGUGUGGCUUUCUGUACUGGUGGACCUGAAAGGCAUUUCUAAUCAAGGGUACUGUGAAUAA